UUCCCUCUCUACUCCCUCUCCGUCUUUCUCCCUCUCCUUUUCCUUGAGCUGCGGGAGGAAGUAGGUAAAUUUUAAACCCGUCGUUCAGGUUGGGUAUGGGUGGGUACUGGAAACAGGACAGCUCUGGGCUUUCGGGUUUGGACUGAGUAAAGUCUGACUGCCCCUGGGCUGGGGUGGGGGUUGGAAAAAUGGCUGCACCUCAAUGCAAAACUGAGGCGAGCCGGGAAGAAGGGUAUUUAGGGGAAAGGACUUAGGUUGUUCCCCAUCUCCCUCCACGCCCCCCUUUUCUUUCAUGUGUUUUUACAAGAGGUAAACUGACUGUCCAGUGCACCUCUCCACCUCGGGGAUCCCUUGAAAGCUGGAGAGAGGGAGGCAAACGAAAUUUUGGCCCCAAUUUGGUGCUUCUGGGCUACGCUACUACCGAACGACUCGCUUCCUUUCACCUAAUGCCCUUUCACCUCGGGGGCGCUUGAGCUACCUGUGGUCCGGGAGCUGGGUUAACAAAGCGUAGGUUAGGAGAAAAGGGGGUUCCUCUCACUUGGCUGUUCUGAACUCCAGCUUUUAGCUGCAGAGGAGUGGUUGUGGAGAAGGUGGAAUGCUUAACACUCUCCCGACGCUUUACAUCUCCAAAAAGAAAUCACCAUUUCUUGCCCCAAUAGAAAGGGCUGAAGGUGUCCGCUAUUCAAGCAAAGUUUGAAGCCGAAAGUCGGGGCAAUGUACGUGGAGGAGGGACGGCAGGGUGUUGUGGAAAUAGGUCUGGCAACAGAGCUCUACAGCUGGGAGGGCGGGAGACAGUGCAGGAAACGAAUGGUGGUGAAAGCCACCGCAGUGGGUUGUGGUGCCAGCCACUGGUUGUCUAGCUGGUUGUUCCCGUCCCCAUCCCCAAGGCGGUGCGCAUCUCCGCCCUUGCCUUCACCACGUUUUCCGAGGUGAAGGGCACCCAGACCAUGCUUGCACCAGCUUAGCGGGGGUGAUCUGUUGAUAUUUUUUGGUCGGAAGGAAAGCUGAAUAAUCUGGUUUUCUCAGAAUGUUCUGAGGAGGAAGUGGUGUUGAGCUGGCUAGGUUUCCCACCCUUCUGGAUCAGUGUUGGAGGUUUAGGGACUAAUACUAAAAAGGCUUUCACUCCUAGGUACGUUGUUUCUUCACUCUGAUCUUUCCCGAAUAGAGUAUCAUUCCCCUCAUUUUUGCUGUCUUUCUUCCUUCCUCUCCCCGCUUACCCUGCCAGUAUUUAUGAUGCCUUUACCCGUCAACUGGUUUGCUCUGUUAAUUGGAUAUCGGUAGUUUCUAGGAAAACGAUGCAGGACUGUGAAUUGAAGCGAAAUUUCCUUGCAGAAGGAGGGGGAGGAUGAAUUCCGUUGCUAUGGUAACCUCUGUUGAGAGAGUCUUAAUAUCUCUCCCGGUUUUCUUCAUAUCAGGCUUGCUAGCCCUUGGGAAGGCAUGACUUCGUGGGCGUGGUCAAAUGCUUGUCCCCUGCCGAGCUGGUCUUUUAAUUGCCCGGGUUCCCCCAUCUGCCUGAGGAAAAUUUUCUCCACUGUCCUUUAAAGAGAGAAUUUGAGAAUUGUAUUUGAAAGUCCUUUAUUCGUCUUUGUUUGUACCUGUGUGUGUCACCUGAAGCCUGUGCCCUCCUUCUCAUUUAUAAAUUACAUUAGACAAUAAUCUACUCCCUGCCUUGAUAACAGCUGUAUUUUUCAAGACAAUAACCUAAAUAAGGAAAGAAUGUUGGAGGUCGCCCUUUGAGAGCCUAUGUCUUUUCUGAGACUGAAGAAAAAUUCAGUAUCCUUCAUCUGUCAGUUGUGAAGUCGAUUAGGGAAAAGAGUAGGCCCCAAUUAAUAAAUAAAAAAAAAUCUCCUAUCUGAAAAAUGCUAGGUUUGGGAAUCAGAAAAUCUGGAUUCCAAUCCCAAUUUUGAUCGUGGUCAAAUUGCUUCCUCAUCUGUAAAAUGCAGAUGUUAUUUGUACUACCCACCUCUCCCAUUUUGUGUUUAAUAAAUUUCAAAGUGCUAUAGAAAUGAACUAUUUUAAUGCAGUAGAAUUGUUUAUUUAAAAUGACAACCACAUCGACAACCUUUAAAAUGUUUUCUUCCAGUAGACAACAUUAAAAGUGGUUCAAAUCCAGCUUUACCACUACGGGCUUAUUGUAACUUCUAAGACUUUAUUCUUUUGUGGAACAAGGGGACAUAGCCUAUCUUACUAUGCAGUUCACUCAAAAUUAGAAAAAGGAUAUCUGAGGUCUGACAGAGAACAGAUAAAUUUGGAGAAGGGAAACUUCGAAGACACUAUAGGAAGCAACUGGGUUUUAAAUCCACUGCAGUGGGUUGUGAUCCCCUAGCACUAUUAAAAAAAAACCACACACACAAAAAACAACUUAAUUUCUUCUGUAUGCCCUUCAGUUUUUAAAAUUCAAAAUGGUAUGUAAGAGGACUGCUUAGUUAAAUCUUAAAACAAUCAACUACUUCUAUCUCCUUCAGCCACAGUUCCUGAGCCUAAUAGAAAAGCAUUUCUAAAACAAUAGCUGUGAUUGCAAAUAGAACAAACUAAAUAGGGUCCAAAAGGAUUCUACUUGCCUCCUAUUCCUUUGAAACUGGCUUGUGUUGACCUGCAUAACAAAUCCAUUUAAUUGUGCUUCUCUUUAUUCUUCCAUCCUAAAGCUACUUGCUGAGUUUUUGCCUUUGGUAAAUUGAGAUUGUCUGGGUUUUUAAAUUGUUCAAAUUUCAUGUUCUCCCAAAAAGCAAAAUUCAUCUUAUGUCUAUUGGGGCGACAGUUUAUUUAAAAGUUCCUUAACUGAGAAGAGUGGCCUACCUGCUAUUUCUCAUAUGUGGCUUCCCUACUCUUUCUCUGCUGCUGCACUGACUGUCUUCCAUGUCUUAAAAUGCUGUCUCUCCUGACCUCCACCUCUUAGAAUCCUUGGCAUCCUUCAGGAUUCAGUUCUGAUGCCACCUUUUGCCUGAGGCCUUGUCUAGUCCUUCCCCAGCCCCCACUAGAAGGCCAGCUGCUAGCUAGUGCUUUAGUAUCUAAGGUUACCUUGGAGGAGGAGCACCUGUUUUGCACAGGUGAGGCUGAUUUCUCUUUUAAAGGAGCUAGGAGACUGUCCUCAGGAUUUGUUUGGGCUGUAUGAUUUGGGCUACAACCCUUUAUGCUGCAUAAGUAUGUCACGUUGAGGUCCAAUAUGGAUCUUGAAUCACUGAGCUGGCUUCCAGAAAAAAAGGUCCAGUAAAAAAAAGGUCCAGAAAACCUUUUAUCUAGUAUUAUACGGUGUCUUACAUAUACCUGUUUACAUACGUAUUUCCUCUUUUAUCUGAAUAUAAGCUCCUUGAGAGCAGGAUAGUUUAGUCUUUUUUUCUUUGCAUUCCUAAAUACAUAGCUCAGGGCUUAGCAUGUUCCUUGAUUGUUUUCUUGACACUAAAUUCUAUCACUUUAUCCACUAAGCCACAUGGUCAUGAAAUAGCCAUUUCCUAACUUUAUUCACCUUUCAUAUAUUAAAUACUUAUAUAUACAUGUUGAUAUACACAACAUAUAAAAGGUCACAGAAAGGAAGAGAAAUUCAUCAACUCACUUAUUGUACAUGUGUCUACAUGCAUGUGCUCAUUUAUUUUAAUAAGUCAACCUGUAAUUUCAUCAAUGUAAGACAUUCCUAGAUGAGAAAAUUUCUAUGCCUUAUGGUCUUUGGUGUUGCCUGGGUCCCUGAGAAGUUAAGGGACUUGCCUGGGCUAGAUAUGUGUGAAUAUCUAAGUAAAUGCUGGAUUUGAAAACAUGGCAUUUCACUUCUCUCACCAAAUUCAAUUUUCUCAUGUUUCUUUUGGCAGAACAUACAGAAUCAUGAUUAAUCAGGAUCAAUUGAGCUAUCCUAUGUAUUAGGUAAAACUGAUUUCAAUUUAUUGAUAAAGGAGCUUGGUACAGUACAGUACAGAAAGGGAACAUGAUUUGUCAGCAGAGGAUCUGGAUCCAAAUCCUACCUGCCUGAUCCUGAGUGAACCCACUUAGCCUCUUUAAGCACUGGUUUCUUCUUCUGAGAUAUGAAGGACUUCGACUAGAUAAUGUUUGGGGACCCUUCUAGCUCUAAAUUUAUGCCUUUUAGUCAAUUCCAGAAUUCCAGAAUCCUUUUCAUUUAAGGCAUAAUAGUUUCUUCAUUUAAUAGGAAAGAAGGUGGGUGUUUUCCUCACCCCUUUUUAUUUAUAAAUGUGCUUACUGAAAGAAUUAUUUUCCUUCCUAGGUUACUGAUCCUAAUGAAUGACAUUGCCAGGAGGCCUUAUGAUCCCUUCCACCUUUUAACAUUCCAUGUUUCCAAGUUAAAUUGAAAUGGUACAUGACUAGCGGGCAUCUCUACUUUGUUCUGGGCUGACUACUACUAUAUGUGUGAAGUGUAUAACCAAGUGUGUAUUGUGAUUUUUGUAUAACUUUUUUUUUUUUUAACCCUUACCUUCCAUCUUAAUAACAACUCUAGACAGAAGGCAAAUACUAGGGAAAUGGGGUUGUGACUUGCCCCAUGUCACAUAGUCAGGAAGUAUCUGAGGUCAUAUUUGAACUCAAAUCUUCCCAGCCCCAGGCCUGCAUUCUAUCCACUGAGCCACCCAGCUUUGUGUAACUUUCCCAGCUAUACAGAAAAUGUUGUUUUAGGCAGUUUCCCUAAUUUGGACUUUCAUGACUGAUGCUCUAAGUUUGACAGUUCUAGGUUUUCAUAAACUUUUUUUAUUACUUCAUCAGUGUUCUAGCUUUAAAAGAGCAUUUAAAAAAACCUUUUUGUUAAUCUUUGUUUUUUACCUCAUAUUCAUUUUCUGCAUUAUUAUCCCUUCAGUCAAUGAGCCAUUCCUUAAAAUAAAAAUUUAAGAAGAAAUUGGGAGGGAAAGAAAAACAGUUUAGCAAGAUUAAACAAUACAUCCACUAUGUUUGACAAUAUACAAUAUUGUAUAUCUGCAGGAUGAUCUCUUUCUCUCCUCCGGUUGCCCCACCCCCCAAAGAAAGAAGAGUUUAGCCACGGGAGAAGUAUAGAGUAUUUUCACCAUGACCCCAAGGAAAAGAAGUGGACGGUUUUCAUUCGUCUUUUGCUGUUUCCAAAGUAAUGAUCCCCCAGAGAUCACAUAUCGACUUCGCAAUGACAGCAAUUUUGCUCUUCAGAUGAUGGAACCUGCAUUCCCCAUGCCCCCAGUGGAAGAACUGGAUGUUAUGUUCAGUGAGCUUGUGGAUGAACUUGAUCUCACAGACAAACACAGAGAAGCAAUGUUUGCACUUCCAGCAGAGAAGAAAUGGCAAAUAUAUUGCAGUAAGAAAAAGGAUCAGGAGGAAAACAAGGGAGCUACAAGCUGGCCCGAGUUCUAUAUUGAUCAGCUAAACUCUAUGGCUGCUAGAAAGUCCCUACUAGUUUUAGAAAAAGAAGAGGAAGAGGAAAGAAGUAAAACAAUAGAAAGUUUGAAGACUGCAUUAAGGACAAAACCAAUGAGGUUUGUAACCAGAUUUAUUGAUUUAGAUGGCUUAUCAUGUAUUCUGAACUUUCUAAAAACCAUGGACUAUGAGACAUCAGAGUCUCAAAUACAUACCUCACUCAUUGGAUGUAUAAAAGCACUAAUGAAUAACUCUCAAGGCCGGGCUCAUGUUAUGGCCCAUUCAGAGAGUAUUAAUGUAAUUGCUCAGAGUCUGAGCACUGAGAAUAUUAAGACAAAGGUGGCAGUGCUGGAAAUCAUGGGCGCUGUGUGCCUGGUUCCUGGAGGUCACAAAAAAGUUCUGCAGGCCAUGCUGCAUUACCAGAAGUAUGCCAGUGAAAGAACUCGUUUUCAGACGCUAACCAAUGAACUGGAUAAAAGCACAGGCCGGUAUCGGGAUGAAGUGAACCUCAAGACAGCCAUCAUGUCCUUCAUUAAUGCUGUACUAAGCCAAGGAGCUGGAGUGGAAAGUUUGGACUUUAGACUUCAUCUUCGAUAUGAAUUUUUGAUGUUAGGAAUUCAGCCUGUAAUAGAUAAAUUAAGGGAACAUGAAAACUUGACAUUAGACAGGCAUUUAGACUUUUUUGAAAUGCUCAGAAAUGAAGAUGAGCUGGAAUUUGCCAAAAGAUUUGAAUUGGUACACAUAGACACAAAAAGUGCAACACAAAUGUUUGAACUGACAAGGAAGAGAUUGACCCAUAGUGAAGCUUACCCUCACUUCAUGUCUAUCUUGUACCACUGUCUCCAAAUGCCUUACAAGAGAAGUGGAAACACAGUUCAGUACUGGCUGCUCCUAGAUAGAGUUGUACAACAGAUUGUUAUACAGAAUGACAAAGGGCAGGAUCCUGAUUCCACUCCUUUAGAAAAUUUUAAUGUUAAAAAUGUUGUACGAAUGUUGGUUAAUGAAAAUGAAGUUAAGCAAUGGAAAGAACAAGCAGAAAGGAUGAGAAAAGAACAUAGUGAUCUGCAGCAGAAAUUGGAAAAGAAAGAAAGAGAGUGUGAUGCCAAGACUCAAGAGAAAGAAGAGAUGAUGCAGACCUUAAAUAAAAUGAAAGAAAAGCUUGAAAAAGAAUCCUCUGAACAUAAGCAAGUCAAGCAACAGGUGGCUGACCUCACAGCACAGCUCCAGGAACUCAGCAGGAGGGCCGUUUGUGCAUCAGUUCCAGGUGGCCCUUCACCUGGAGCUCCAGGCAGUCCCUUUCCUCCCCCUACCCCAGGAUCUAUUCUAGCUCCACCACCACCACCUCCUCUGCCAAGUGGACUUCAUCUUCCACCCCCACCACCUCCUCCUCUUCCUCCAGGGGGUCCUCCUCCCCCACCAGGACCUCCUUCUUUAGGAGGAAUAAUGCCUCCUCCAGGAGCUCCCCUUGGUCUGGCUCUCAAGAAGAAAAACAUUCCCCAACCCACAAAUGCCCUGAAAUCCUUCAACUGGUCAAAGCUCCCUGAGAACAAACUGGAUGGAACCAUAUGGAACGAAAUCGAUGAUUUGAAAGUAUUUAAAAACCUUGAUCUUGAAGACCUAGAAAGGACUUUCUCAGCUUACCAGAGACAACAGAAAGAAACAGAUGCCAUUGAUGACACACUGAGUUCCAGACACAAAGUGAAAGAACUUUCAGUGAUUGAUGGCCGGAGGGCCCAGAACUGCAACAUUCUGCUCUCAAGGCUGAAAUUAUCCAACGAUGAAAUCAAACGGGCAAUUUUAACAAUGGAUGAACAGGAGGACCUACCAAAGGACAUGCUAGAACAACUCCUGAAAUUUGUUCCUGAAAAAAGUGAUAUUGACCUACUGGAAGAGCACAAGCAUGAACUAGAUCGGAUGGCCAAAGCCGAUAGGUUCCUUUUUGAGAUGAGCCGAAUAAAUCAUUAUCAACAAAGGUUACAAUCCUUAUACUUCAAAAAGAAGUUUGCAGAGCGUGUAGCUGAAGUUAAACCUAAAGUUGAAGCUAUUCGAAUUGGUUCAGAGGAGGUGCUGAAAAGCACGGCUUUGCGGCAAUUGUUAGAAGUAGUCCUGGCAUUUGGAAAUUACAUGAAUAAAGGCCAGAGAGGCAAUGCAUUUGGAUUCAAGCUCUCCAGCCUCAAUAAGAUCGCUGAUACAAAAUCUAGCAUUGACAAGAACAUUACCCUAUUGCACUAUCUCAUAACUAUUGUGGAAAAGAAAUAUCCCAAGGUACUCAAUCUGAAUGAGGAAUUACGUGAUAUUCCACAAGCAGCAAAAGUGAACCUGACUGAGCUGGACAAAGAAAUAAACACCUUGAGGAGUGGUUUGAAAGCUGUGGAAGCCGAAUUGGAGUACCAGAAAUCUCAGCUGUCUCAGCCUGGAGACAAGUUCGUCUCUGUCGUCAGCCAGUUCAUCGCUGUAGCCAGCUUCAGUUUUUCUGAUGUUGAAGACCUUCUAACUGAAGCUAAAGAACUGUUUACAAAGGCAGUGAAGCACUUUGGGGAAGAAGCAGGCAAAAUACAGCCCGAUGAGUUCUUUGGGAUCUUUGACCAGUUUCUUCAAGCUGUCUCAGAAGCAAAACAAGAGAAUGAAAAUAUGAGGAAAAGGAAGGAGGAAGAAGAGCGCCGAGCUCGUAUGGAAGCACAGCUCAAAGAACAGCGUGAAAAAGAACGCAAAGCUAGAAAGACAAAAGAGAACUGUGAAGAAGGAGGAGAGUUUGAUGACCUUGUUUCAGCUCUCCGCUCAGGCGAAGUUUUUGACAAAGACCUUUCUAAACUGAAACGAAAUCGCAAGCGCAUUACCAACCCGGUGACGGACAGCAGCCGUGAGAGACCAGUCACAAAGCUCAAUUUCUAAUUUUCCUUUUACGUUUUUUGGAAAGCUCAUUAGCAGUCUUUUGAAGUGGCUAGAACUUUUCAUUACACUGCCUUGUAAUCCAAUGUUGGCUGUCCUUUUUUCCCCAUCUGAAUGAAAGUAUGUAUGUAUGUAAUAUAUGUAUGUAUGAUGUAUAAAAUGUACAAAGUCGUCUUCAUCGUGGGUAUGGCUGGAGGCAAGUAUGUGUGUGGCCUGUGUACUUUAAGUACAUUCACAUCGAGUGUAGCUUUCUUUUCUUUCUCAAAUGCUGGUGACUGUUCAGAAGCACAACAUUGUCUACUGAGAAAAAUGACAGAGACAUUCCUUAUAGUUUAAAAAGAAAGAAAAGUAUUAAGAAUCAUUUUGUAGUUUCCACAUUUGAUAUUCUUUGAAAGUCUUCACACUAGUAUAACUAGUGCUGAAGAAUCUAGAUUUAAAAGGGUUUUGGACAAUUUGAUGCUGGGACAUCUUCCCAGGUGACUGCGAGGACCAGUCUUCUGCAUCCAGACAGAGUCUGUGUGGGGAUACAGUCUCUUUGUUAGGAACAAUAAGGUUUGUUAGGAAUGCCUUGCACACAACUGAAUCGUGUAGACCGUCAAGUGGAAAACGUUUUUGUUUUUGUUUUUUUAAUAUUCAAAACUUGAAUAUCAUCAUCUAUGCCCCUGUGCUGGUUCCUUUGAGUUCUACAACGUGAUGAUUCCUUUAAAUUGUUUUUGAAAACAAUUAAUUUUCUCUAACUGCAGCCUAUGCUCUUGUUGAAGAAUGAGGUCACCAAAACAUGCUUAUUGCUACAACGACACAUAAAUACAUUUAAACGUUUCCUACCCCCAAACAGAAAUUUUCUACCCGAGACCGGAAAAGAGGAAUUCUCUGAAGGGACAGAGAUCCUAAAGUUGCUUUCUUUUGCUUUGUUGUAUAUUCCAUGUUAUAUUCAGGGGAUGAACUGCAUCCUCUGUAAAUGUAGGUCAGAACUGAAAGACCUGUUUAACCAAUGCACAAAAUGUCAACAUUGCUGACCGAGAUGCCAAGACCUAUUUGUCUCUGUGUUCAUUUGAAGUGGUUUGCUGUUUUAUGUUGUCAUUUUGAAUUCUUUGUAAGUAAAGCUACCUGUACAAUUUCAGUCCAAAAAAGUAAACCUCUCAGGGAGAAAUGAAUAAAAACAAAGAAAAUUGGAAAAUAAAAAAAAAUGGAUGCUCACCAUUAAUGUAGCAACCCUUAAUAUCCUUAAGUUAUGCAUUAUAUGAGGACUGUUACUACUUUUUUGUUUUAUUUAUUUGUCUGGGGCGGGGCGGUGGUUAAAUUUUGUUGUUUUUCCAUCAGUACUGCUAUGGUUGGUUUUCCUGUGGAGAGAGUAAUUUGUCCUGUUGCACUAAAUUUUCUUGGUUCCUAAAUUUUCUCACAUGUACUGUAUAGCAAACGUGCUGUUUAAAAAUAAUUCGCAUAGACAGUGAGGUAUCUGUGCUGUGUGAAAGCUGUGAAAAUUUGAGAGGUAUCAAGAGCUGUGGUUUAUACAUGUUUUCCUUAUUGCAACUUAGCAAUUUUCUACACACUGUAAGUAAAACUCAGACUAGGGUAUAAAACAGUAAUAAAUACCAAGCAGAGACUGAGCAUACCCACAUCCCUAGUUUCCAAAAGUCUGCAAACAUACUUAUUUAAAGGUGCAACUCAAAAACUUUGCUUAAAGAUUUGGGGGGCAGAAGGUUGGGGAUUGGGAGGGCAUGCAUUUUUAGAUGGUUUUGUCUUUUCUUUAACUAAAGUGCCUCUAUUUAUAUUUUUUAUUUAUGACAGAAGCAAUUUGGUCUGACCAGUUUGAGGAAACUAGCAUUUUAAAAUGGCCUGUGUAUGAAUUAACAGCUUAAGAAAUAGAUACGUGUCGAUAGAAUCAAGUUGGGGAAAUGUGUAUAAAUAAUGUUGAAAGGAGCGGGUUUGGUGGUACUUUGUUCCUCUUGCCAUUUAGAGCAUUCUCUUUUUAGGGUGACCAUCUUGUUGGGCAGAAUUUGCCAUUUCUCUUAUGGUUUCUUCCCCAGAAGUCUGUGUGCAGGUAAUUUCUUGUGCCAUUGUAGAAAGGCUCCCUUUAGAUUGGUGCUGGUGAAAGUAGCCACUUUUCUUUCUCAAGUAAGUACUUUAAAGAUUUUAUUAAUGCCAAAAAAGGAAGAGCAUAAUUUGUAAACUUAAGUAUAUGUCAUUGUGUGUGUAUUAAAGAUUUUUAAUUAAUGCCAAAAAAUAAAGAAUGUAAUAAUUUGUAAACUGAAAUGUCAUUAGUCUUUUAAGCUUAGUAGUCGGAACAAUUGUCAUAGGUGCAAGGCUGUUGUUAGUGCAGCAAGCAACAAAUGAUGGAUAUGUUAUGAGAUUGUACAUUUUUUUAAAUGGCAAAAUACAAUAAAGAAAUGACUUCCAUUGGUUUUACA